AUGGACAGAGAACGGGACAACGGGAUGGAAGAUGCCAGCGUGUUCUUCGGCCGCAGCGGAAGUGUCAGCGGUGGCGCCCGACGAGUCCUUCAACGGGCUUUUCGAGACGGCUCACUCGUGCCCGUUGUGUCGGUGGCCAUCAUACUGGCCAUAAUGGUCACCAUGGCCGUGAUGUUUCAGGUUUACCUCGUGAGAAAGAUCACCACGCGCAGCGGUGGUGAACUCAGCUGGAAAAUGUUCCAGCCGUGGCGCAGUGCCGAGCAGAAAUACGCGGGCAGGCACGGUGCACUGUCCAGUGGCAUCGAACUGUCCCACUCGGACAGCGAUCCACUUGACAUCGAGCUGGACGAGCGGCCACCGGAAUUUCCCGGUAAAGCAAGGCACUCCAUGCUGGGCAACAGCUUCUACCUGGGCGAGCAGAAGAGCUUUUGCCUGUUCAACUCUAAGAACUCUGGUCUGUCUAGGCACGGCAUCGUGUACAACCUGAGCAGCUUCCCUUACCACCUCUGCACGCACGCCAUCUACAGCAGCGCCAGCGUCGACGGCGCCAACAGCCUGCAGGGCUCCAACGUCGAGGUUGACCUGCUUCAGAAUGCCUUCGGCAAGUUCCCGGGUCUCAAGGCCGGCAACCCGUUCCUGCGAGUCUUCAUAGGCGUCGACGACGACGCCAGUCUGCACCGCAUCUCGCAUGAUGCCGAGUCCGUGGUCAACUUCACGCUCAAGUCGUUGCGUUGGGUCAUCGAGAGGCGCUACGACGGAAUAUUUUUGCGCUGGUCGCCUCCCCUCAAGGAAGGCGCCUCGCAGUUCCCCGCCCUCGUGUCCCACAUGGUCAACACUUUCAAGAGGGUUCGCGGUCUCUCGGUCGGCGUCAUUGUUCCGCUAACGUCCGACGGCAGGGACUUCUAUGCCGACGUGGGACACCUUCUGAACGUCCUCGAGCCGUACUCCAUACUCGUGGAUCCCCUCACGGCCGGUACCGCGGGUUCCGGAGAGGGAAACUCGUACUUCCGCAGCUUCUUCCCGUACACGGCGGACAGCAUCGCCAAGUACCGCGACUUCUUCGCUCGCACGGUGGAGACCGAAAGAAGCAAGUACAACUACAUCUGCUACCCGGUCUCUAUAGCCGGCUACUCCCUGGCGCUCGAAGACUUUGCGGCCAGCUCGGUGGUAUCCAGAAACCGAAGGUCGUCGCCACCGACCAUCACCGUUUUCCAACUGAAAUCGGGUUUGGCCGUGACCCCCUACGACGCAACGUGCGCCACCACCACUGAUUUAAGGGCUAACGUGAGCAUACGACUCAAGUUCGUUGUACUGGCGGCCCGCAAGUCCCAAUGGGUCGCGUACCAGGACAAGAAUAGCCUGGUGCAGCUCUUAGACGCGCUCCGGCAAGUCACCGGCGGCGCACCUUGCUUGGGCGUCUGGGACCCUGAGUGGGACGACAUUUCGGGCCACUGCAGCGCUCGGGGGUCAAAGCCGGACCCUUAUCCACUCACUAAGACGAUCUUCACGGACAGACAUCGCGCUCCGCGCCUCUCCGCCACCAACUGA